AUGGGAGAGGAUAUCAGCGAGGAGGAGUUCCUUGAUUACCAUGACAAGCUACCUCGCAUCCCUCAUUAUAUUGUUGCUCGUAAACUGACAAAUGAGGAGCUCGAUGAGCAAGAUCUUCGCCACGCACUGUACCGCCUCAGAUCUUACAAACACAAGCUGAAAGAGGAGGGAAAGGAAGAUACAUUUGGCCUUAAGGACAUUUCUGAGGCCGACUGUGAUCAAGAGUUCUUAAAGAAACAGAGAUUUUUCAGACGAUUCGAGGAAAUUUCCACACUUGAUUGGUAUUUCCACCCUGAUUACUGCAAAGGGGGUUCCCUGAAUGACUACCAACGCCUAGUCCUUCGAAAUUAUGGCGGUUCUGAGUACGCCAGGUGGAGUGAGUACCAUGAGUUCCUUCAUAGCCAUGACGUUGAAGAAGAGUAUGUCAAGUUCUGUGAGGAAUUGUUCAAGAAGCUAGAGUGGAUGGAAGGUUAUCUAGAUUUUCCCCGGCCAUCUCAUAAGUGGGAUCGCAUAUCUUCCCGAGGAGCUUUACAAGCAAUUAAACUUGCAGCUACUACCUUUCAGAAGAUCACUGCGUCUUUAGCUUACUAUGGCUACUUUGAGUGUAAACAGAGCAUUGCCUAUGACCGUACUUGGUACAAGGAGUUAGAUGGUGUCCAUUUUGAGAUUUGGUGUCGGGUCACUGAGAAACAGAUGAGUUUCAGAGAUGCUCUAGCGGAGGUUUGUGCGCUGAACAGGUUUCCAUUACGCCAACGUAGAAUGGAAGGUGCACUGAAGCGGGACUACACCAUGGAGAGAUUGGAAUCGGAGUACCAUACCUGCACGGCAAAGGUUCCCCCGGGAACUGAAAAGGACAAGGCUAAGGAGUUGAUUGCAAAGGCAGUUAAAAAUCGGCUCAAUAAGCCAAAGACCUAUGUGCAGUAUAUCAGCAAGAAGAUACACAUUGCACACGUUGCUGGAAUCCUUCCUCUGAAGGAUUCGAAGGAACAAUGUAGUUAA